AUGGUGGAGAUAGAGAAGGCUGAUGCGAUGGAACUCUCAAAGCACAUUGAUAAGGCAUUGCAUCAUGCAGGAAAGGCGAUGAGUAUCGCAGAGGAGAUGUGCCAGUCUGGCGAAAUGGGCGAGCGCUACGGCAGCCGUUAUGGCGAUAGGACAUAUUAUGGAGGUUAUCCUCGCAGACCGAUGGGAAUGCGUGAGGAGGAGAUGCCGGAAUAUGAUGAUUAUGGCAACCCUAUGGGUAUGCGCCGUAUGCGUGACAGCAGGGGACGGUACAUACAAGCAUUGGAUUUCUAUGGCGAGAUGCCAAAGGAGAUGAAGAACUACCUGCGCCACAACGGCUGGCACUUCAAUAAAAAGUCAUGUGAGUAUGCGGUAUCCAUGAUGCGCAAGGCCAAUCCUGCAACGGGCAAGACGGAGGCUGUGGAGAAGAUGACAAAGGAGCAGGUGGAGGAGAUGCUCCAACGAAAUAAUGUAAAGUUGGAGAACCUUGUGGGCUAUGACCAUGUAUAUGUUGCGAAUAUGGUCAAAGCGGACUUCUGGAGGUCAUCUGUGGAGGAUGAGAAGCAUAUGGCGCUUAUGGUGAAGGAUAUUGUUGAUGAUGCAGACCAGGCGGACGGAUUCAUCAUGCAUCGGUGGUAUGCAGAUAUGAUAAGGGCGGGCAUGCCUGUUGAGUGGGAGGACAUCGUAUGA